AUGUCGGAGGACUUCACAUAUAUAUCCGUUCUGGAGCCGUUUGAAUGUGUUUUCAAGCAGUCCGAUGUAGCUAACAGUGAAAGGAAGUAUAAGAGGUUCAGGAUUUGCGAUAUCAAGGUAGGCAAAAAACAGGGAAUUAAGCUGUUGAAAAGGUUUGACGAACGAUCGUUCACUCGGCAGGAGAGGGACCUGCGAGGGGCGGAGCUAAGGGAGCUGGUACAACGUAUAGCUACAAAGACAGUAGACGACUGCUUUGUUGCUCUAGUGAGAAAAGAGCUCGACAAAAAAUCCGAACUCCUAGAGAUGACAAUCUACUUCCUGGAGGAUGGAGUGAAAUUAGGAAAAACACCUCGUGCAGUACAAGGAGGGGAGGAAGAGGGCGCUGUUGGCGGGGCGGUUGAGGAACAUAAUAUAGCGACCCUUGUCCUGCCACAUGACUGGAGGAAAAGCUUCCAAAAGAGCCUGGAAAAAAACAUACACCUGUGCCAUGGUCAUAUUGGUCCUGCCAUGGAAGCGCUGCGCUUAGGACAUAACUCUUACACUGACUCAGAGGGGAAAACAUGCAACUUUAACGGUGGUACGGGUGACAGAGAGCUUGUCCAGGGUAGAAAAAUAUUUCAAUCAAAACUUAGGUACAAGCUGCAUGGUAUGAAUCCUCAUGGUAAAAGCACUCUUUGUAAGGUCCAUCUCAAUGGAGAUGGGUCAGACUGCUAUCUGGUAUAUGUCGACCGGAAGUAUAUGGAGAUGGGGCGAGUGUUUCUUCUUGUUGGUGUGUUUACUCACAGUGAAUGUGGUAUCAAAACCGGCGCGAGGAAAAAAGAACAUGGCACCCAAAGGGGUGGUAGUGCAAAUAUACCAGAUGCAACAUUGGACAUGGAGGCAGCUGAAAAAUAUCUGCAAUAG